AUGAGCGGAAGCGCCGCUGCCGCCGCGGUCGCCGCCGCCGCCGCCUCAGCCGCCGCCGCGCACUUCCAGCCUCAGUCGUCGUCUCCCAGGCCGGGCCCCGCCGAGCUCGGGCCCCCGCGCCGCCCGCGCCCCCCCCCGCCGCCGCCGCCGCCGCCGCCGCCGCCACCCCGGCCCGAGCCCGCUACCGCUGACCGUCUCAGCCCUCCCGGCCACGGGCCUCUUCGGGCGGGCGCGCAGGGUGGCGGCGCCUGCGGCCGAGCGCCAGGAGCAGGUAGUGUUGGUGCUUCUUUUCAGUGCCAAUCCAUCCAUCACGACCACAUUUGUCAUGAUGACAGUGACAAGAUAUCUCCCGGGGCCAAUUCAGCACCUCUGCCUGGCCAUCCUAACAAGGUGAUUUGUGAAAGGGUGAGACUUCAGAGCCUGUUUCCUCUUCUCCCAAGUGAUCAGAACACUACAGUUCAAGAGGAUGCUCACUUCAAAGCUUUCUUCCAGAGUGAAGAUAGUCCAAGUCCUAAGAGACAGCGCCUCUCUCAUUCAGUCUUUGAUUAUACAUCAGCAUCACCAGCUCCCUCACCACCAAUGCGACCAUGGGAGAUGACAUCAAAUAGGCAGCCCCCUUCAGUUCGAUCAAGCCAACAUCACUUCUCAGGGGAACGAUGCAACACACCUGCACGCAACAGAAGAAGUCCUCCUGUCAGGCGCCAGAGAGGAAGAAGGGAUCGUCUGUCUCGACAUAAUUCCAUUAGUCAAGAUGAAAACUAUCACCAUCUCCCUUAUGCACAACAGCAAGCAAUAGAGGAACCUCGAGCCUUCCACCCUCCGAAUGUAUCUCCCCGUCUGUUACAUCCAGCUGCUCAUCCACCACAGCAGAAUGCAGUCAUGGUUGACAUACAUGAUCAGCUCCAUCAAGGAACAGUUCCUGUUUCUUAUACAGUAACAACAGUGGCACCACAUGGGAUUCCACUCUGCACAGGCCAGCACAUCCCUGCUUGCAGUACACAACAGGUCCCAGGAUGCUCUGUGGUUUUCAGUGGACAGCACCUCCCUGUCUGCAGUGUGCCUCCUCCAGUGCUCCAGGCAUGUUCAGUUCAGCACUUGCCAGUACCAUAUGCUGCGUUCCCACCCCUUAUUUCUAGUGAUCCGUUUCUUAUACAUCCUCCGCAUCUUUCUCCCCAUCAUCCUCCUCAUUUGCCACCACCAGGCCAGUUUGUCCCCUUCCAAACACAGCAAUCACGAUCGCCUCUGCAGAGGAUAGAAAAUGAAGUGGAACUCUUAGGAGAGCAUCUUCAAGUAGGAAGUUUUACUUACCCCCCUUCAGCCCAUCCCCCAACAUUACCUCCAUCAACUCCUUUGCAGUUCUUGACACAUGAUCCUUUGCAUCAGGAGGUGUCCUUUGGAGUACCUUAUCCUCCAUUUAUGCCUCGGAGGCUCACAGGACGUAGUAGAUACCGAUCCCAGCAGCCAAUACCACCUCCCCCUUAUCAUCCCAGCUUACUGCCAUAUGUGUUAUCAAUGCUUCCAGUGCCACCUGCAGUGGGCCCAACUUUCAGCUUUGAAUUGGAUGUGGAAGAUGGAGAAGUAGAAAAUUAUGAGGCCCUAUUAAACCUGGCAGAGAGACUAGGAGAGGCUAAACCUCGAGGACUGACAAAAGCAGAUAUUGAACAACUUCCUUCGUAUCGGUUCAAUCCUAACAACCACCAGUCAGAACAGACUUUGUGUGUAGUAUGCAUGUGUGAUUUUGAGUCAAGGCAGCUACUUAGAGUCUUACCCUGUAACCACGAGUUCCAUGCCAAGUGUGUUGACAAAUGGCUUAAGGCAAAUCGUACUUGCCCAAUUUGCCGAGCUGAUGCUUCAGAAGUGCAUCGGGAUUCAGAAUGACCAACCUAAGAGCACAAAUUUAGUUUGGGUGUUCCUCAUCACAUGUAUAUACGGACUAUCCAUUGAACUUAAUCUGUGUGGCUUCCAGCCCUCCCUUUACCAAAAGGGUCAAUGGACCUUUCUUUGCACUGUGUGACUUAAUCAACUAUAAAAGCUUACAAUUAGUCUUCACAAUUAUGGGAUUGUUAUACUAACAGUGUGAUUGGAACUCCAAAGACUUUUUCUUUAGCUUAAUUUUGUGUGUGCACUAACAUUCCCUGGUUUUUGUGUGAUCAUUCCGAGUGUUGCUGCAAGAUUACAGUGGACGUGAUCUUUUAGCAUGUGCUUUUAUAAAAAGUGGUAGCUCCAGAUGAUAUAGCAAUCUACCUUAUAUAGAGCCUUCAGAAACUGUGAGUGGAAAUGAAUGCAAUGUAUGACUGUUGGUGAUAAGUGCAUCUGUGUGAGAGAGAGUGUGCAACUACUUGCGUGAGGGCAUGGUAGCUAACGUGUGUAUGAGAUCCUAUAUACCAGCAUGUACCAAGAAUGUGUGUGUAGUUUUAAUUAUGCUGCAAUGUAUAAUCUGGUGUGUUAUUUAAACAGCACUAGUACUGUACACUGGUUUUUCCUUGUGUUUGCUGUUGCACACUGAUUGCUAAGGGUGCAUCAAUUAUAAGCAUUGAAUACUCCAUCCCCUUCCCUCCCAGUGAAUGGAAUGAGAAAAGCCUUCUUCCUUUGCUUCAGGCAGCUGUCACCUUCUCUUCAUUAGUGGUCCUAACUGGGAUUACUUAAGAAAAAAGUGUAACAGAUUCUCACUCCAUGACCUGAUUUUUUUUUUUAUUCUGUUGUGAAAAAAAAAAUUUUAAUCUCUUAACUUGCUGUUUCCAAAAAGAAGGUGCAAUAUCAUACAUCAUCAGUUAGCAAUAUUAGCAUUUCAAUCAAUGAUUUGAAUGUUGAUACUUUCUUGUUCUUUACAUUUCCAGUAAGCUUCUUACAGAAAGUACCUGUGAUUUUUUUAAUGUUUAGAUUUGUAGUCUCUUCUGAAAAUAUUUGAGUAAUAUAUUUCUAAGAAUACCACUGGUCCCGUGAAGUCUCACCUCCUUGACUUCCACCAGAACAAAAUCUCUUAACUCACUCAGCUUGAUUUCUGAUAUAUGUUUUUUGUUCAAGCUCCCAUAGGCAACUAAACUAUUUUAAGAAACUAUAUUUCUGUUCAUAUUGUUCACUUGCCAUGCUCCAGUUCUGAGAGUUGUCUAGUUGCUCUUCCCUCCGUAAAUGUGCUUCUCAUUUCCAAUCUUAUUUCGGGAUAGAUCAAGUGCUGUGACAGCUCGUGUUUGUAGGCCUGAUUUGCUUUGAUCUUAGCUGCUUUUCCUUUUAAUUCUUGUUUGAAUGAGAAAAGUUUAACAGGUGUCCAGAAUACUUGCAGUAUAAAUGAUUUGAUUUUUUUAUAAAAAAAAUAAUAAUGCUGUCAAACAGGAAUUGACCUUCAUUUAGUUGACCUGAAAUAAUACAGAGCCGUCUCUUUUUAAUAGGUUCAUUGAACGUAAUUCAGAUUAUUUCAAGUCACUUUCCCAGCAAUAUUUAGAUUUCUUUCUCAUUCAGUGUAUUUAGCAUUGUCUGUCUCGCCCUGCAGUUGUCAUUGCUUUAUUUGCAGUAGCACAUGCUACAUUACUCCAAUCGGGACUGUGAUAACUUGCUGCCAGCCUCACUCAAUGUUCAUUUGGCUCUGAGUCAGUUUUGUACUCAGACAGUAUUAACUACUUGUUACUGCCAUGCUGCUUGCCCUCCCUUGAAGUCUCGAUAAGCUCAUCACAGCCUAGAGUUCAGUAAAGUCAAUACACACAGAAGCACAAUUUUUUCCUCUUCCAGACACUGUUGCCUCUAUCUAGUCAAAUAGAAUUUUGCCUACUUCGUUAACCCCUAGAUUUGUCAGUGCAUCAGAAAUACACUUUAAUGGUGGUAAUGUGCACAUGUUACUUUUAAAUCAUUAGGAUAAUCCCCCUCCUGUUCCUGAUGAAUAAAAGGCAUAUAAUAGCUACAAUACAAAUCACAUACAGUUUAAUCUUUAUUUUUUUAAUUAAAAAAAUCAUGUUUAAAAUGGCAAGGGCCCAUCUUAUACAUAGAGUCUUUUAUAUAGCUGCAGAAAAUUUGUAUCUGUACAGAUCUAACAUGACACUAUUACACUCGGUAUUCCAUUUUAUUGAAGCAUGCAAGUAAAGCACUUUUUCUAAUUUAUAUAGAAAUAACUAAUUAACAAGGCACAUUGUACUAAUGACUAGGAAAAGUAGCUUUUUCUUUCCUUCUGACUAGGAAUUCUUGUCAUAAUGUUCCCUUUCCAGUAAAUUUUUGAGAGGUAGUUGGCAGUUUAGGAGGCAGCAGGGUCUGUUUGGUAAAUUCUUGAGUUUAAUUGUUGUGCUGUUGUGACUGAUCUCUCUUUAGUAAUGUCUUGUCUUUGCAUGGGGCUCUUAGAGAUGUCCAGAGUUGCUUACUAAGUGGUUCAUAUUAGGAGCACACAUGCAUGUGUCCUCCUCAGACUGGCCACAGUGAGCAUCUUUGUGGCUAGCAAAUGAGAAGAAUAGUUGAUUCAUGCGCGGCUGUUGUCACCUUGAGUGAUGCACCAUAUAGCAGGCAGAUGUCAUUUUGUUGCCUAUUAAAACAAUAUUGGCUUUACCAACUUAAAUCAGCUGUGGGUGUUUUUAGGUUUGAGGGGUGGUUUUUGUUUUUUGGCAAUGAAUUUUCACAUUAAAAAACAAAAACAAAAACUGCCAUUCCCCAAAAAACAAUUCAAGGCCUCUAAGUAUCAAAAUCUCAUAUUAAGAUUUUCUGUCCUGAAUUUAUUUUUGAGCAAAAUCUGGAAAAUGUGAAAGCAGAUUUUAUACACUCUGAAAUGUGAUUUGUAAGAUUCUUAAAUUUGGGCCUCCUGUAAUGAUUUUGAAUGAGAUAUACCAACUCGUGAAAAUAUUUUUCACAGCUAUCUAGAGGCCUUCAUUAGAAAGCGAUUUUCCCCUGUUGGUACAUUUGGUCACCUCAUUUUGCUAUUCAUUUCAGAUUAUGAAAGCUCACAGCAGGGGUGUUUAUUGGAAUCAUUUGCUGAGUCACUUCCUCAAAUCAUAUUCCAUUGUAUCACUUAACAUAUCAUUUUAAAUGUACGUAUUAUAAAUAUCUGUAACCAAAUCAUUUGAAGGCUUGAUAAAUUUUUAACAAAGUUUGUACAUUUUUUAUGAAAGUUACUAGUAAUGCUUUACUAAGUAGUGCAAUGAAUUUUUAUUUUUAAUCCCUGUGCCCAAUUUUGGAGUUGAGAGGGUUGUUGGUAAUAAAUGUAUGAUGUACACUUAAAA